UGUGCUUCACCGCGGAAUUGAUUUGCCCACCACCGUCAAGCUCGCGCGCGCGAUCCAGCGAACCUACCCGCGUCUCCCUUUGACCGCGCCACACGCCAGCAGCGGCAGCUCUACGAUCCCCGUCAGGAUUUAGUAUAUAUACACAGGUCCUCUCGAGAUCGACACGGAGAAGCAACCACGCCCCCCGGUUGAGACUGAUCCAGACACGCAAAAGGCAUCGACCCGAGAGUCCGAGGCUUCACGAGGCAAGGAAUCUACACCCACCGGCCAUUCGACCGAUGAUGGAGAAGAAGCAGCGGAAGCACGCGAGGUCCAGGAGCUUCACGGCCGCCGGGCUGGCCUCCUUCCUCCGCUCCACCGUCGCGUCCUUCUCCUCCAGCUUCCCCUCCCGCGGCGGCAGGUCCUCCUUCAACCACCGCAACGCCUUCUCGGGGCCCAUCGUCUCCAUCGUCCCGCCGGAGGCCCGCGGCAGGAGGGCCAAGCACCGCUCGGGGUACCGGACGCCCGAGCCGUCGUCGCCCAAGGUCUCCUGCAUCGGCCAGAUCAAGCGCAGCAGCUCCAGGCGCCAGAAGAAGGUCAACCCCUGCGGCAAGAACGGCGCCGCCUGCCCGCUGCCGCCGCGGCCAGCGGAGGGGACCAAGCCCCGCGGCGGGCCCAGGGGCUCGUUCGUGAAGCGGAUGUCCUUCUUCCGGCGCAGCAGGUCGCGGUCGUCGUCGAAGGACGACGGCUGCGCCAACGGCAGCUGCGCCGUGGCGGCGCCGGCGCCGGCGGGGCUCGGGCAGAUGAAGCGGUUCGCGAGCGGCCGAGCCGCGUUCCAGGACUUCGACUGGCGGCAGCAGGAGGUGGACAUGAGGAGCAGUGGGUGCAGCGACUGGGAGGACGACGACGAGGGGUUCGUGGCGCACUCGGCGCCGCUCACGCUCGGCGGCGGGGUGGUGGCGUCCGAGCCCAGGAAGGAGGUCAACCUGUGGAGGCGGCGCCCCAUGGCUCCUCCCACUCCGCUUCGGCUUCCUUAGGCUAGCCUAGCAGCGAUCGGCCGGCAUGCUCCUUGUUCCUUGCAUGCAUGCUCGCCUCUGCGUGCCAAUUUCCUGUGUUCUCUAGUUUGUACAGCUGGACACGCUUGUGUGAUGAUCCUACAAGUUUUGGUUGAUUUUGUAAAUGCGGUGCUCGUCUCUGGAAAGAAAGUAAAUUAAACAGAGUGUUUGUCUCA